AUGAACGCUGAGCGUCUUGAGACUCGUCAAUCGCCAGGAAAAAUUCCUGUUACUGGAGUCACUGGAAACGGCAUCCAGGUCAGAAUGGAGCUUCGUACCAUGCAGCAACAGUACCCCGACAUGUUCAAUGUUUUCCUUCUUGGUCUUCGCAGCUUCAUGCAGAUGGACCAGUCGGACCCUCUGUCCUACUAUCAGAUCGCCGGUAUUCAUGGAAGACCUUACGUUCCUUGGGAUGGUAUCGGCAGCGCUCCCGGGUUUGGCGGUGGCUACUGCACUCACACUUCCAACCUGUUCCUACCAUGGCACAGACCUUACCUGGCCCUUAUCGAGCAAGAGCUUUAUAAGCAUGUUCAACAAGCCGCGCAGUCUUUCCCCGCUGGUGCGACUAGAGACAAGUACGUUGCCGCAGCUCAAAACUGGCGUUUCCCAUACUGGGACUGGGCUGCAAUCCCCUGCUCUAGCUGCAAAGCAUUCCCUACUCUUCUAAGCGACCAAUGGGCUACCGUCACCACACCCACAGGUGUGCAGACUAUUCCCAACCCUCUCUUCCGUUACGAUUUCCACCCUGUAUCAGUCUCUGAUAUGGUCUACAAUCCUUUUGCAUCUUGGGAUGUUACCAAGAGAUACCCCACGUCAUGGGAUGCCUCUGCAAGCAGUCAAAAUAACCUGCUCAACAACAUCUUCGCCAACAGUCAAUCGAACUACCGUGAUCGUCUAUACAACCUCUACACCAACUACAACAACUUCAGUCAAUUUGGUGAUUCGGCUUGGAUCAGUUCUAGCUCUACGAAUGCCGACAGCCUUGAGUCGAUUCACGAUGCUAUCCACUCAAGUGUUGGUAACAAUGGACACAUGACCUAUCUCGACUACGCUGCAUUUGAUCCCGUGUUCUGGUUGCACCAUGUUAUGGUCGAUCGCAGUUUUGCAUUGUGGCAGACUCUCCACACUGACACCUAUGUUGAGCCUCUCGCAGCAGUCGGAAGCACAUUCACAUACCCCGCUGGUACUGUAAACGAUGAAGACUCAGCCCUGACUCCUUUCUUCAAGGACACGGCCGGCACUAACUGGACCUCAACCGGUGUUCGUGACAUGACUACUUUUGGUUACACUUACCCUGAGCUUCAGAACGGUGCUUCUGCUUCUAGCGUUCGUGCAUCAAUCAACAUGCUUUACGGAAAGAACGCUCUUUCCGCUGAUGCUAUUGCAAGUGCCAACGCUGGAAACGGACCGUACCUCAACACCACUGUCAGCGCAAACGGUACCGACGACUUCCACCAUGAGUACAUUUGCAACAUUGUAUCGCAGAAGUUCGCCAUGAACGGAUCGUACGCUGUUUACGUGUUCUUGGGCAACGUUUCGACUAACUCCACUGAGGAGCUGCAACUCUCGCACAACCUUGUUGGUACCUACUCCGUCUUUUCCAACAUGCCCUCAGACAACAACCACAUGGCAGACAUGGAUCUCAAGAUCACCGGCACUGUUCCUCUGACCACCUCUCUUCUCGGAAAGCUCGAGAGUGGGGAGUUGCAAAGUAUGCUUCCUGCCCACGUCGAGCCAUAUCUUCGCAAGAACCUCCAAUGGAGAGUGGCCAAGUACGAGGGCGGCGAGGUCAAUGUCGCAGAUGUGCCCGAUCUUUCGCUCAAUGUCGUUUCGGCUCCCAUUACUCCUGCAGCUAGCGAAAACGAGUUCCCUCAAUGGGGUGCUUUCACUGCUCUUACCAGUGUGACUGCCGGCAAGCCGGGUGGUUACAGUGCUGAGUACUGGAACUGCCCUGAGGAUGGCUCAUCCUUCGACAGUAGCUACUCACGACCUGCUCCUGCCCCUGUGGCACCUGCAGCCCCUGCAAGCAGCGCCGUCGGUCCUUAUGGCAACGGCACCGCCGCAUCCCCAGUUGCUCCUCAGGGAACUGGCUCGGUCAGCUCAAUGACACCCACAACCUACACUGGCGCUGCCAGCAUGCUGAGUCUGUCUGGUUACGCCAUUGCACUGGCAGCCGCGGCUCUUGUCAUCUAA